AUCGCAUCGAGACUAAACCACUUCAAUACGCGUAUCGAUCGCUACCGAUGCAAAUCUGCGGUCUACUCUCUCUCUCCUCCCGAUGGGACGAACGCCUACCGUCACGGAUUCACGUUUGUUCAAACAUUUUUACGCGACUUCUCGCAAACAUCGGAACGCCCGAUCGAGACUGAACGCAUUAAUCAGAACGCAAUCGUAUGAAAUAACGAUCUAGUUUGAAUCGAACGACGUUGAUAAAUUUCAUGUUUUCCAGCAGUACGAAACAGUAUCAUCUUAUCGAUUCGACGUGUGCGGUAAAAGAUAUUAAAUUGUAAGGGUCACGAGUAUAUACGUUCUUAUUGGAUGCCAGAGACCGAAGAUUAUCGGAGGUUUUAUGAGACCGCAAUUGCAAUCUUCGGGAUUGGAAUCCAUAAAUACAACAAGCUCGAUAAAACUCUGUAGAAUCGUGUACGAUCAACAGCUGGGGACCGUGUUAAUUACGAUCGAACGUCUGGACAAGCCCGAUCGGUUUCGGAACGUAAAUCGUUUAAAAACUGUUUACACGUAAAUACGAACGACGUCGCACACGUUAUAAAUUUUUAUUACCAGCGAUCGAGAUGAAUAGGCGGACGAUACGGCGAAACCGCAGUGUAGUAACGCGUUCACGUAAAACGGAAUUAGUCGAUGUACGUGCGUUUAAUCCGACUGUUCAAUUACGGCCGAGAUUAAUUAUUGCAGUCCUUCGUUCAUGGGCGAGAUGAGAUUAAUGAAACGAUGUUACGACCAGUGUAAAUCACGAUUGGACUUGUGUUCAAUGAAACUCUACGGCACGUGUAGUUGAUUAAAUUCGAGAGACCAAGUUUCAGCAAGUAUGAAAAUCACACACAAGUUUGUUGUUUUCGAUAUUCAAGACAAUUUAGAUUCGUCGUAGGGUUUCUUUCUAAAAAAAUUCAGUGCCGACCGUGAAUCAGGUUCUGGCCUACGAUUAAUUUAACAGGGGAUGGAAAGGGUUUUCUAUUCACGAAUAUACCCCGCGAGUCUCGUUCGGUACUUUCUCAAGGGCCAGCGCUUCGUCGCGUCGAGCUUUUUUAUAAAUGCAUAAAAUCUGCGGUCCACCGACGACUUCUGCCAACGAAAAUGGAAACAGGAACGGCUAAACGCGUUUGUAAAAUGUACUCAUGAUCGGUCAGAGGUCUGUCUCGGGUCGGAAAAAUCGGAGAACAAUCGAUUUCGCGUAUACUUUCGAUGACGAGGGGUCAGAGUUCGCUCGUUUCGGGUUUUCUCGACGCCGAUGAACCCGCGACGUGAUUCAAAAGCAUCGGACACACGCGUCAAUCAGCGUCGUUGAGCGCACCUCGGAGUCGCUCGUACUCGAGAGAGCACCGAUGUCAGUCGAGCCGCGAACUCCGACCGUGAGGCUGGCACGCGGUUUGCUCUUCGCGGGCGCGACAGUACGCAUUCGUGCACCGGUCCGUGGAAAUCGCGCGUUCACCCCGAUGGACCACGCGAGAAGAGAGCAAGACAAGCGACUUCUGGAACUCGAUCUGGACUACUUAGAGAAAAGGGAAGGCAAGACAAUAAUCUAUGAAGAAGCCGAGAGCGGAUCGAAGGAGGAAGAAAGUCCCGCAGACACUCUGGAUCGUGUCAAAGUCGUGUUUCUCGGAGCACCUAGGGUCGGAAAGUCCAGCAUAAUUAGGCAAUUCGUCUGGAGCGAAUUCUCCGAGGAAUACAAGGCUACCGAACGGAGGGAGACUUUCUAUCCGAGCGUGGUACUCGCCGAUCGAUUGUACGAGCUAAAGAUCACGGAUCUACCGACGAUCCCGUACUUUCCAGUUAGCUCGUACCUCGAAUGGACCGAAUUUCGCUACUACGGGCUGCGAAGUGCGAACGCUUACGUGCUCGUGUUCGAUCUGAGCAAUCAGGACACGUUUCAAUACAUUAAGACGUUACGAGACCAAAUCUACGAGGCACGAGACAUGAGGGGCGUACCAUUAUUGGUAGUUGGGAACAAGCAAGACGAAUUGUCGCCUGCGGUCGCGUCCGGGACCCGAUACAGGGACAUCGUCAAUCUCGUUCGGAAGCACUGGCGAUGCGGUUACGUCGAAUGCAGCGCAAGAUUUAACUGCCGUGUUGUACAGGUGUUCAGGGAGCUGAUGAAGAGCAUCCAGGCCGUGGAAGGCAGGCCACCCUCGCCGACGCCGGCCCCUUCGCAACCCUUACGAUCUUACCCGCAGGACACCGCGGACAAGUGUAUUCUUCUCUGACAUUGAAGUCAGAGAACGAACACGCUCGAAUUUCGUGGGCACGUCGCGAAAAGAAGCUGCCUCUACCUGUACUACAACGCAGGAUCGUAGCCGAUGGCACGAGAGAUGGUAACGAGAGGACCGAUUCGUGGGAGGAUCGAAAACGAGAUGGUCAACGUGAACGCUCGCAACUCCCAGAGUAAUUUAUUCCUCCGGUCCUGUGGCCGAGAUACGAAAUGGAGAUCCGUCGAUCUGUCUCCUCGGAUGAUCAAUAACGUCGAGAGCGCGGCACUUAAUAUUCUUUCGCGGUAUUUAAAUUUCAUUUCUUUCAACGACGAUCUUUUACGCAUCGACGGAAGAGAUUCUAGAUUCAGUGUGAGGGUCGCAGAUGUUUUAAUUGCCGCGUAACUAAAAUUUCUACGAGUCUCAAUCGUCAAUUGCCCGCUGGUUCUUCGACCGAAUUAAACAUCUAAUUGUUUGUCUGCGAUCCGAUUUCUUCUCAGCCUCACAAAUACCGGAAGUACAAAUCGAAACGAGCAAUGAAAAACGACUUCGUUUACUUUUCUCACAGAUCGUUUCUUUCGUUCGUUGGAUCGCUGAGAAGAACCGUGCACACGGUGUCACGAGAUUAACCACGAGAGUAAAAGUACUUUCUACCAAAUCGAGGGAACGUUCAGAUUUCGUCUGCCAGUAUCCCCGUGGAAACUGCUCACCGUAUAGAACACUCUACGCGGAAAAAUAAUGCAAUCAUGUUGUACAACUGCCCUUUCGCGUCGUCAACGUCGGGAAGGUAGCAAAAUACGCAUAAUGUAUAUGUAUGUACGAAACCAACUGCCGAAUCCUUCGCACGAUUAACUUCCCAGCCCGUUUGUUUCACAAUCGAUUCACGUGCGCUACACGCGAGAUGAUCGACGUACCAAUCGAUUUAUUUGCAUUUCCACCCAAAACCCUCUCGACUCCAAGUUAUACGAAUUAUUUCAAAGAAAACAGAUUUCGCUCUACUGUUACUUUGUCUGUGAUAUCAUUUAUAAUUUACUGCCGUGUACUCGUGUUACACCGUUGCUUUCAUUUAUUUUUCAGCAAUGCGUUCGGCCUAAUAAUAAUAAUAAUAAUAAUAGUACUAAUAAGAAUAAUAAUGAUGAUGAUACGAUAAUAUUAAAGAUAACGACGGUAAUAAUAUUAGUAAUAAUGACAAUGAUAAUAGCGAACAAAUAAAUGUAAUAAUAUAGCGUGUUAUUGAGAGUUUACCUCAGAGCAAGCAAUAGUGUGUAUACAAUACAUACAUAUUAUAUAUUUUAAUAUACCGUUAAGGAAUUCUAAUCACAGCUGGUAAAGGUAGCUGUCGACGUUGUGAAAUACCGUGCACACACCUACAUGUAUGCAAGUCUUUGAAAAACAAAAAAAACAUGUGUUUUAACCGUUGUUAUCGUUUGUACGUACAUAUUUUAACGCAGAACCUGACACCGUUGCCUCGGUACGACGUAACAAUAAUAGUUGAACGAGAGAAAUAGAUUACCUAUCGUUUCACCAAUUGUUGAUCACCGCGAUAGAUCGUUGAUUUCCGAGCACCUCUCAGUGUCGACGACUGUCAAGUACGUCGAACAGGCCGAUUACACGCGUAAAACAUAAGCUCAGAACGUCGAGUUUACGAGUGAAUAAGGGCACGCGGUACCCCGACGGGCUCGUACUCGCCCUCGCUAUCGCGUCCCUUCAUAUUACGCGAAACAUACAAACAUGUGUUCGUUGGAAAAAAAAAUAAAACCAUAAAUCUUUGUACCGAAAUAGCGAGUUUAGACGACGUAACGAAACUUCGGCACGAAUUUGUACAGCUACGAAAUGUGCAUCGAGGAACCCGUCGUUUUACAUAUAAAAUAUUGUGCAUUGUUUUGUAUGCAGAAAUAAUGCAAUAAAAAAAAAAAAAUGAUCGAA